UUCUACAAAAAGCAGAGCAUGGAAAAGAAAAGGGAGACAGAGCAAAGCAACGGUAACAAGGAAUCCGAAUCCAGGACGGAGAGAAAAGGAAAAGGGAGAUCAGGAUGUCGAAUAAUAAGAAGAGGAAACAAAGGGGAAACGAAGAAGGAGGAGAAGAAAGAGAGGGAUUUCUGAGCCCAAAUUGCAGAGUGGUGGAGUAUCUUCAGCCACUGAUGUCGAAGGAGCUGCUAGUCAAGUUCCCGGACAACUCCGCUUUCGAUUUUAACUACUCUGAGAGCUCGAUAUGGUCGCCUCUGGUUCCUCGUAUCCACAAUUAUGGCGGCGGGUUGGAAAACAGGCCGAGGAAGAGGAUGAAGGUGAAGAAAAUGGUGGUGGCAGGGGAGGUGGAAGGAAAAAAUGCCACUUCGUGCAACUUCAGUUUCGGAUUGACGAAGAUGAAGAAGAUGAAGAGGAAGGAAGGAAUAAUGGUGGACUCUGUUUUCUCUUCAAAUCCUGUGGAGGGCUCUGUUACCUGUGUCCCUCUGGCUACUAAGGGUUGGAAUAAGGUGCUGAAAGCUGCCACUAAGCAUUUCAAAAGGAGCAAAACGAAGAUGACGAAGAGGAGAGACUCCCGUGUCAGGCUGUCCAACUAUCUGGUGAAAUUCCCUGAAGAAUUAUGAUCUUCUUCUUCCCCUGAAUUCGCAUUUGCCAGUUCUAUUUUAUGAUAACAAUAUUCUACGUUGUCGAAUCUUCAUUUAUGGAAAUGGAAAAUGAAACGAAAGGUAAGAAGUUCCAUCAUUCAUCAUAAAACAAUGCUGCCAGUCCAUCUCGGGUUGCUCUGGCCGAAUGUCUUUUUUCUAAGAGGACAAGCAAGUGCUGAUCGGCAAAUCGCAAUAGGAGACGAGAAAGCAAAGAAGGAAUUAAAUAGUUGUGGCCGGAAUGUGAUUGACUAUUGAAUAUUGAUAUGGUCCAAGGCUCAACCUAUAGUUUGAAUUGAAUUUCUUGUGUGUGUUUCUUAUCAAUAGAUGGGGGACGAUACCAACAAAGGUUGAAAGAAAGGAGAAGGUUGUGUAUGGAAUUUAUGAAAACGCAUAAUCAGAUGAUUUUUGGACUUGCAUGUUGCGUUAGGUGUCGGAAGAUCAUAUUCCAUUGAGCUAAGAAUUGAACACAUUAUAAAAAUACCACAGCAACGAUUAAAAAUACCUUAAACAUCUCAUACCAUAUUUCAUUGUGAGGUUAAGAUCGUUGCCUCAACACACAUCUCAUGCCAUGUUCCAUUACGCCGCUAAGAGUUGUGUCGCACUGCAAGUUAGUGACAAAUGUUUUGCUUGAUUCAAAUUGUGGGGUGUCGUUGGAUUGGCUGGUUCAAGCAAGAUUUGGUUUUGUUUAGAUGUGUCGAAUAGGUUGUUAUCGAAUUCCAUGUCAAUCAGAAUGCUAAUGAAUCAUGCAUGUAAAUCCUGCAGUCGAUCAGAUCGUAGGCGAUUGAACGCGUUAUGCACAUCGAUUGUGCUUUCGAUUCAGUUCGACACUAACGAAAAAUCAAAACAUAAGUAUCAUCCAUCGAGAUGGUCCAUGUUUACAAUGAUCGAUCAACCCUAACAUGUUGAAACGACUGGCUUUGGACUUUUGACUUGAUUAGCAUCUUCAUCAUUCGGCUGGAAUUGAAAAUCCAGAUUUAUAUAUCGUUAGGACAAACCGCCGAGUAGGGGAGUUAUUCUUACUGCAAACGAAGCUACGUGAGAAGUUAUGCAUCAUUUCGUGAGGAAAAAGCAGAGUAAAAACUGAAUCUUUUCUGCCGGAACCGGCUUGCUAAAGUCGUGAGAGUUGAGACUCUUACCGGAAGAAGUCAAAGUGUAAUUAAAAAGGGAUGACCUUGUAAUUAGACUUCAUUGUGAUUUCGUGAAGAACAACAAUAUUUGUAAACUCACUGACUGAAAUGUCAACAAAUGUCAAACGUGGUGGUGCGGCUAUUUGCUAGGUAUUGAGGAAUUAUUUGGUUGUCAUGCAUUUUUUUUUAUACCAAAGAAAUGCCAAAAAGCAUAAGCAUAGUAAACCGCAUUAGGUCGACAACAACCACACACGCACGAUAUUAUGUAUGCAAUUGAGUUAUCGUCGAUGAAAGAGCUUGUUCUAUCAAUAAAUAAGAAGCUCUAUUCAAUCCUCGGGGGAGACAAAUAACAUGAAAAUGACUAGAAAAUGACUAGAAAAAGGAAUGAAUUCCUUCCUCCAUAGUGGAUCCCACCAUGCAUUAGGUGGUUAAUUGCAGGUACUAUCACGUCGAAUUAUUUAUCGUAUGUUGAUUCUUAGAUAAUAUAUACAACGAUAUAAUUUUUAUAUGAAAAAACAUAGGUAUACAUUUUCUACCAGAACGAAGAAAAUGAUACCGUUUAAUAAAAUGAAACGAUUGGAGACAUUGAACUUCACAUUUAGUAACAGACACAUCGAUAGGAACAUAACAAAAUAUUACAAACCAAUACAUUUGAUAAAAAUCGAUCUAAUACGAAGGGUAAGUUCAAGAAAUCAUACCAAGAACA